CCGGGACUCACUGCUGUCUCAGCCAAACUGUUUGUAACUCGGGUCUGUUUAGAGUAGUUUUAUGAACAGCUCUCAUGUCACUGCUCACCAGUGAAACCCGGAAUGUCUCAGAUUGAACAUUUCCUGAGUGUUGUUGCCAGUCAAACCCCUACAUGCUAACGCGUGAUGCUAACGUUAGCUCACUAAGAGUGUGUGAGCAGCCUGAAGUUAAGUCGAGUCCAGAUGACAGGGUGGGACAGAGGUGAGGAGAUGGGGUCUGUCCGGUGGGCUUUUCGCUGUGGGUCGUGGACACCGAGCAGGUGCGACUGGCUGUUCGCUGCCCGCUGCAUUCAGAGAGAAGAGAAAGACAGGAUCGGGCAGUUUGUGUUUGCCAAGGAUGCGAAAUCAGCCAUGGCUGGCAGGUUGUUGCUCAGGAGGUUUGUCUGUGAGAGGAUGGGGGUCCCAUGGACAGAGAUCAGACUGGAGCGAUCUCCCAGAGGGAAACCUUACCUGACAGCACCGCUGAUGGACAGUUCAGAUUCAGAUGCUGCCUGGAGUUUCAACCUCUCUCACCAGGGGGACUAUGCUGUACUCGCUGCAGAGCAGGGGGGGCAAGUGGGAGUGGAUCUCAUGAAAACCACCAUGCCAGGUAGCAGCUCUGUGCCGGAGUUUUUCCGCAUCAUGACUCGUCAGUUUACAGCGUACGAGUGGAGCGUCAUCCAAUCAGCCGGCUCAGAGCACCAGCAGCUUGCCGCGUUCUACCGCCACUGGGCCCUGAAGGAGAGCUUCAUCAAAGCCAUUGGCACAGGUCUGGGCUUCAACCUACAGAGGGUAGAGUUUCACCUGCCUUCUGAACCACUCACACAGGGCCCGGUGCUGCGCCAGACCAAGAUGCAUCUAGAUGAGGAAGAAGAAGAGGACUGGAUAUUUGAAGAGAGCUUGCUGGAUGAUGACCAUCAUGUUGCUGUGGCACUCGGACCAGCGGACAAAGCAGAUUCUGCACCUCAUCCGUCAUCUCUUCCUCCUCCCACCACAUUUACCCUGCUGUCAUUCAGCGACCUCAUCGCCUCAGCCUUACCUCUGACAGAGGAAGACCCCGCCUACUGGGAUAGCUUCAAGAUGAAGGCUGAAGCUCCACAGAGACAGAGAGAGACACACCCAUCCAAAUAACCACCUGUCUCACACUGACACAUACCUGCUGUACAUACAGACACGUGCACCUUUCAGAAGUGCCAAAGAAGAAACACAUGUAGACUGACACUGAUGCUGCUUUCUCAUUCAACUCAAGUCCACUCCAGUCCUUUCAAAUUUAUUUAUAAAACCAAAAAUCACAGGUUUGUGUGAGAGGACUUCAGAAUCUAUACAGCAUCUGACACCCGCUAUCUUUAGAUCCUCAGUUCAGAUAAUGCAAAACCUUUACACAUUUCAUACACACACACAAAAGAAUUUCAUUAACUUCUUCUUGCCAUGUGUUGAGUUUGUGUUUACAGUAUGAUGAAACUGUCUUUUACAAAUAAAACACAUGUAGAUUAUGUAAUUUUAUGUAAUAACUGAUCCUUGUACACCCCAACAGCUCUUGAAUUGUUCAUUGGUUGAAAAACAUCUGUAAUACAAAGUAUGUGUAUAUAAUGUACAAUCUUAUUUCACAUAUAAAUAGAAGGUGAAAAAUUACUUGUAGUCAAAUUUCUAUGUGGUCAUAGAUGCAAGGUUUCAAUAAAAAGUGUAAAAA